GCCUUGGACAGCUUGCCACGAGAGUUGCUGGCGCACUUGCAGCACGAAGUGGGCCUUCCGAUCUUGGACACUCAUGCGAUGCUGAAACAUUUGAGUGUGCUGGGCAGCAAGGAGAUGACUCGCUUGUGCGAGAAGGCCCUGAAGGAGUCCCGACGGAUCUACGGCGAACACCUGUUCGAAGCCGGCGGCGGCGGCGAAAAGAUGUAUUUCAUCCUGUCCGGACGCUUUCACUACACCA